AUGCCGGCCGCCGCUGGCAAGCCGUCCCGAUCAGCCUCCGCCAUCACCCCCUCCACAGUGAGAGGGUACCACCUCCUCAAGAUCGACGGCUACUCCCUCACCAAGGGCGUCCCUACCGGAGAUAAGAUAAAGUCUGGCUCUUUCACCCUGGGAGGACAUCGAUGGCACAUCGGUUACUAUCCCAACGGCUUGCAACCACAAUAUGCCGACUACAUAUCCCUGAACCUUCAUCUUGAUUCCAAUGUCACCGCGGCGGUGAAGGCACAACACAAAUUCAGUUUUGCGGAUGAGGUAAUGAACCUACCUCCUUCGCUGGUAUCAACAACAGUACACACCUACAGUAGUCUGCUAGGCUGGGGGCCUAUUAGUUUCAUGAAAAGGGCAGACUUGGAGAAGUCUGAGCAUCUCAAGGACGAUUCUUUCACCAACAGGUGUGAUAUCCUUGUCAUCAUGGAUUACCGUGCAGAGGAUUUGCCAGAAGACACUCCAGCAUUUGUCACUGUGGCCCCAUCUGACCUGCACCAGCACCUCGCAGAUCUCCUCAAGACUGAGAAGGGUGCCGACGUAGUCUUCGAGGUUGGUGGUCACACGUUCGCAGCACACCGCUGCGUGCUCGCUGCCCGGUCACCGGUCUUCAGUGCGGAGCUCUUUGGUGGUAUGAAGGAGGGCGACACCGCAGGUGUGGUGCGCAUAGAUGAAAUGGAGGCGCAGGUGUUCAAGGCGUUGCUCUGUUUUGCGUAUACCGAUUCCUUACCGGUGACAGAAAAGGAAGAUGAAGAUGUCAUGUGCCAGCAUCUGCUUGUUGCGGCUGACAGGUAUAACAUGGAGAGGCUAAAGACUAUUUGCGAGGAAAGGUUAUGCAAGUACAUCAAUGGAGGCUCAGUAACGACCAUCCUGACGUUAGCUGAGCAGCACCACUGUGAGGGCCUAAAGAAGGCGUGCUUAAGUUUUCUUGGCUCCCCGGCAAAUCUUAGAGCUUUGUUGGACAGCGACGGCUUCGAUCAUCUGAGCAGGAGCUGCCCUUCUGUUAUUAAGAAUCUGAUUGCCAUGUCAGCCCUUGUUUAG